AUGCCUGAAAACGAUCCAAACGUGGUGGAACAGCUGGAGGCGCCGAUGCCGUGGAUAGGCAUGUAUGCCGCCGUAGCAUCGACGCUCUGCACGCUCGCCAUGGCCGCCGACGUCUUCCACGGAUUCCGGAGCAGAAAAUACUGGUUCCCAUCUAAAUACUUGUCCCUCAACGCCACUUCCUUGGCUUUGCUAUCCGUGGCAAUGAAGCUCCCCGUGGAUCUCACCACUAAAAUGUACUCUGUCACCGACCGCCUUGCAAAGGUCAGCAGCCUCUCCUUCAUCUCCAUCGUCAUGGCUAAUUUCCUGACGUCGUUGGGAUCCAUGGACGACAAGAGCUUGCUGAUGAACGUGGUGGCUCUAGGCAUUAUGGUGAUCACCAUCACCGGGAAUGUGUGCAUCCAGGUCAUCCAAAUGCGGUCUUAUCUCGACUUAAGGCGGGCAUUUUGGGAAGAAUCUGUUGCCAUGGGCUUGAUGCUCCUCUUGCUGCUUAUGUUCAUUUCAUCUGCUCUCACCAUUCUGUCUACUAAACAGUUUCUGGAGACCAGGUACCAUGAUAUGCAUAACUCAAUCUUGAACGAAGAGGAAUUGGUGGAUAUCACGAAGAAGCUGAGGGUGUUGAUCAAGAAAUAUUGGGUGAUGGCGGAGACCAGCAGCCCUCAGUUUGUGAUGGCUCGUUCCGUGACAAGCACCGUGUCUGGCAUCGUCAGCUUGAUCGUUGCCUUUAAUUUGGUGGAAGCUGAGAUACGGAUCGCGGUGAAGGAGGGGAUAUUUGAUCACGCGUUUUCGAGUUAUAAGCAGUCGACGAGAGUGAUUCUGCUGUCCCAGACUGUUGGAGUGAUUGUGGGUGCCAUUGCUCCAACGUCGAGGUGGUUUGUCGCGAUAAACCAUAGAACCUCGACUGGCUGCAGAAGGAGCAUCCAAGAUGCAUUCACAGUGGAGGGCUAUUGGACUCAGAAGCUGGUGGAAUGGCGACAGAGCUCGUUAUCUGUAGAGAUUCAACAUCUCAAGAGUAGAAAAGUUGUUCAUGGUCUGAGAGGACUCAUUCUGAGACUUGGCAUCUUUGUUCAGCAUCUGAUUGUUAUGGCGAGUAAAUUAGUCCUCUCUGUCUCUAUCUGCACGAUGAGACUAAUGAGUUUCUGCCUCAACUACAUCAGAAGGUCGAGGCAGAAACACAUUUGUGACUCCAACUCUGACUCCGGAGAGGUGGACAUGAGGCGCUAUGUUAUUCAGCUUCAAGGAGAGGCGGAGUUACCUGCAGAAACACUGAGUAACAUCUUCAAAGAGGUGGACGAAAUCAUCAGGAAAGCUAAGAAGAGGAAACCCGAAAAGCUGCUGAAUCUCUUGUCCAAAUCAUGCAACUUCAAAGGGGUGACAGAAUUUGAUAGCCAUCAAGUUCCAACUCUGCAUCCUCAAGAGCUUCCUCAUUGCUGGGCUCUACCUGUUGUCACACUGGCUUGCAUUGCACGGGCAAUUCCGAACGUUGAAAAGGACAAAUCGGAACGCCUAUUGCGUAGCGUCACUGAAGGGCUCCGCUAUGUGAAGCUUAUAGACAAACUUCUCGACAGAAAAGGGCAAUUGGCAAAAACGAGAGCUGCAGCGGAAGCAGUGAGUGUAGAAGCUGAACUAAAGGGCAAGUGGCAGAACAGGGAUCUUGAUGAAAUUUCCAUUAAAGGAAAGAAUGCGGAGGAAAUACUGCAACAACUCCAUGAAGAUUCUGGAAGAAGAGUGCUCGAGUUCAAGAGAAAUCCCAAAAACAGUGUCAAGCAAAACCUUGUUUACUGGAGCCCGGAGGUGAUUGCAGCCAACUCAAUGUACAGGGUGAGCAAAGCAAUUCUGCUCAACCAUGGAGGAGGUGAGCAAGUGUUUGAGACAUUAUCGGUGAUGAUUGCAGAUAUAGUGGCUGCGUGCCUCACAAAUCUACCGUGGGCAAUCAGCAGCAUGUGUCACCGCAGUGGCAUCGAGGAAAGAGAGAGAGGCGUGCGCAAAGCAGCAAAGUAUUUGGGAGAAACUGAAGAUAUCAUCGCACUUAUACAACAACGCCAACUUCCCAUCUUGGGCCUCCCCCCUCAUCGCCCAACUUACAUUCAAGAAUGGCGAGCCUUGCUUGGCCUCCAAAACCAAAACAAGGAUCACAUAAGCAUCAACAUAGAGGAGUGA